UCCGGCUGCCAGCCCUUGGCUCCCGGGAUCUUAGGCUGGUUGGGUGACAACUGGGACACCCCCGUGGCCACCUCGUUUAUCUGAGGGACAUUGAUUGGGAUUUUUUCCCCUUGGCUUGGCCUUGGGAUUGGUUUUGUUUGGCCCCCCCCCCCCCCUCCUCGCCGGGGGCCUGGGCGGCCGAUGAGGACACAAAGCCGGAGGAGACGCGGCCUUCCCAGGAAAGCCUCAGGGAAGGGCCCGGGUGAAGCCUCUGCCCCCCCUGUGCCAUGGCUUCCUCUGAGCUGCCCCCCCAGCCUGCAGUAGGUGCCCCGGAGCCCCCCAGCCCCCUGCCCCGGGGAGUGCAGGACUUGGCUGAAGCCUUCGCCUUCCCAGACAGCGAAGAGGAGGAUGAGGAGGAAGAGGAAGAAGAUUCUGUGGCUGAGACCCUGCUGCAGGCCCCCCCUCGCAGGAGACGUGCUGCCAGCUCUGCCCUGGAUGGGAUGGUGCCAGACACCCAGGAAGGGCUGCCAGUGGGGGUCAGCAAUGGGGUCCCUGAUGGAGCCCCCCCAGGUGGUGCUCAGACCUGGAAGAGGAAAAGCAGCCGCCGAGGUGAACGCUUUGAGUUCCCAGCUGUGGAGGAUGAUGUGAUCUAUGAUGAUGUCCCCUGUGAAGCCCUGGAUGCUGAGCAGGAUGCAGGCCCAGGGCAGGAGCAGAACCUGAUCUAUGAGGAGGUGCAGCCCGGGCAGGGGCCCCGGGGCAGUGAGGAUUUGGGUUGGAGCUCCAGUGAGUUUGAGAGCUACAGUGAGGAUUCUGGUGAGGAAACCAAGGCAGAAGCUGAGCCAGCCAAGCUCCGGGCAUCCUUCCAGCCCAAGAUGACCCAACUGAUGAAAGCUGCCAAAAGUGGCACCAAGGAUGGUUUGGAGAAGACCAAGAUUGCUGUGAUGAGGAAGGUGACCUUCCUGCACCGGAAAGAGGCACCAGGGGAUGGGGAGCAGAGGAGGAGGAGGAGGGAGGUGGAAAAGCAGCCGCCCGCCCGGCGGAGCUCAAGGGUCUCCCUGGAGCAGCACGGGGGAGGGGACUCGGAGGAGGAGGACACGGGGUUCCUGGAGGUCACAGUCUCUGAUAUGAAGCACCCACCACCAGAGCUGGGCCCCAUGCCUGAGGGGCUGAGCCCACAGCAGGUGGUCCGACGGCACAUCCUGGGGUCCAUCGUGCAGAGCGAGCGGAGCUACGUGGAGUCCUUGAAACGCAUCCUGCAGGAUUACAGGAACCCACUGCUGGAGAUGGAGCCCAAGGUGCUGAGUGCUCGGAAGUGCCAGGUGGUGUUUUUCCGCCUGAAGGAGAUCCUGCAGUGCCACUCCAUGUUCCAGAUCGCCCUCGCCUCCCGCGUGGCCGAGUGGGACACAGCUGAGAAGAUUGGGGACCUCUUUGUGGCUUCAUUCUCCAAGUCAAUGGUGCUGGAUGUCUACAGUGACUAUGUCAACAACUUCACCACUGCCAUGUCCCUCAUCAAGAAGGCUUGUCUCACCAAACCUGCCUUCCUCGACUUCCUCAAGAAGAGGCAGAUGGCCAGCGCCGACCGGGUGACGCUCUACGGGCUGAUGGUGAAGCCCAUCCAGAGGUUCCCCCAGUUCAUCCUCCUCCUGCAGGACAUGUUGAAAAACACCCCCAAGGGCCAUGCUGACCGCCUGUCCCUCCAGUUGGCCCUCACUGAGCUGGAGACCUUGGCAGAGAAGCUCAACGAGCAGAAGCGUUUGGCCGACCAAGUGGCUGAAAUCCAACAGCUCUGCAAGAGCAUCAGUGACCGCAGCAGCCUCAACAAACUGCUGAGCUCGGGGCAGCGGCAGCUCCUGCUCUGCGAGACGCUGACAGAGACAGUGUAUGGUGACAGGGGACAACUCAUCAAGUCCAAGGAACGGAAGGUUUUCCUGCUCAACGACAUGCUGGUCUGUGCCAACAUCAACUUCAAGCCAGUGGACUUAGGAGGCCAGCUGGAAAUUAGCAGCCUGGUGCCCCUUGGUCCCAAAUACGUCGUGAAGUGGAGCACGGCCCUCCCACAGGUGCAGGUGGUGGAAGUGGGGCAGGAGAGUGGUGCCUAUGACAAGGACAACAUCAUCAUCCACAACGCCGGGGCCAAGAAGCACCCGCCAGCUGGGCAGGCUUCACACAAUAAAGUCUACCUGGGGCCACCGCGGCUCUUCCAGGAGCUGCAGGACCUGCAGAAGGACCUGGCAGUGGUGGAGCAGAUCACCCUACUCAUCAGCACCUUGCAUGGCACUUACCAGAACCUGAACAUGACAGUGGCCCAGGACUGGUGCUUGGCCCUGCAGAGGAUGAUGAAGGUGAAGGAGGAGGAGAUCCACUCCGCCAACAAGUGCCGCCUCCGUCUCCUGCUGCCCGGGAAGCCGGAUAAAUCUGGCCGCCCCAUCAGUGUCAUGGUAGUUUUCAUCACCCCAAACCCCCUGAGCAAGAUCUCCUGGGUCAACCGCCUGCACUUGGCCAAGAUAGGGCUACGGGAAGAGAACCAGCCAGGCUGGCUCUGUCCUGAUGAGGACAAGAAGAGCAAAGCUCCUUUCUGGUGCCCCAUCCUCUCCUGCCACAUGCCUGCCUUCUCCUCCAAAGCCCUGGAUCUGCAGCUGGGUGCUGCUGUGCACAACCCCGUGCAGUCCUCACUCUUGGGCUUCUCCGCCGUCAGCACCUCCCUGCCGCAAGGCUACCUCUGGGUUGGGGGAGGCCAGGAAGGCGCAGGGGGGCAAGUAGAGAUUUUCUCCCUCAACCGCGCCGUGCCGCGGACGGUCAAAUCCUUCCCGGUGGCUUCCCCGGUGCUGUGCAUGGAAUAUAUCCCUGAGGGAGAACCACCUGAGUCCCAGCUGAGCACGGAGCAGCCCCCAGCAUCCCCACAUCCCACCGUGUGCUUGGGAUUGCAGGAUGGCAGCAUCUUGGUCUAUGGCAGUGUGGACACAGGGACCCAGUGUUUGCUGACCUGCAAAAGCCCAGCCCUGCAGCCUGUCCUCUGCCUGAAGCACACCUCUGAGUUCCUCUUUGCAGGGCUGCAGGAUGGGACCGUGGCUGCCUACCCCAGGAGCAAUGGGGGGCUGUGGGACCCCCAGGUCCAUCCCACCCGCCUGGCCGUGGGCACCAGCCCCAUCCGAGCCCUCCUGACCCUGGAUGAGACCCUCUGGGCCAGCUGUGCCAACCAGGUCACUGUCCUGGAUGCCACCACCCUCCGCACCCAGCAAACCUUUGAGGCCCACCCAGAGGUGGGAGCCAGUGUCACCCACAUGAUCAAGGCAGGCAGUGGGGUCUGGAUGGCCUUUGCCUCGGGCUCCUCCAUCCGCCUCUUCCACACGGAGACCCUGGAGCACCUGCAGGAGAUCAACAUUGCCACCAAGACCACCUUUGUCCUGCCAGGUCAGAAACACGUGCGGGUCACCAGCCUCCUCAUCUGCCAGGGCUCCCUCUGGGUGGGCACCGACCUGGGCAUCAUCGUUCUGCUGCCUGUGCCACGCCUGGAGGGCAUCCCCAAAAUCACCGGAAAAGGCAUGGUGUCCCUCAACGGGCACGGUGGCCCCGUGGAGUUUUUAGCGGUGGCGCUGAGCACCCUGGCACCCGAUGUCCUAAAGGGCGACCAGGAUGAGGAAGAGGAGGGUGAAGAAGAGAAACCCCCCGACCUGGUGGAAAACCCCCCACCUCGAGAAAUGAGAAAAAAAGGGAUUUUAUUGCAAUACCGACUCCGUUCCACCUCUCACCUCCCUGGGCAGCUGCUGUCGGUGCGCGAAGCGCCGGCGGGCGCGGUGCCGGCCCACACCGAAGAAGAUGGCUCCAUCUACGAGAUGGCCGACGACCCCGACGUGUGGGUCCGGAGUCGUCCUUGCAGCCGGGACACGCCCCGCAAGGAGAUCUCCUCGGUGGCCAUCGUUUCAGGGGGACGGGGCUACCGAAACUUCAACUCGGAGUCGCCGCGCCGGGGCGAUGCCGACAGCACCCUCCUCAUCUGGCAGGUCCCACUGAUGCUAUAGCACCUACCUCAACACAAAGCCACCCAAAAGCUACCAGGGGUGGUCCUGCCCGGGGUGCAUCACCCUUUAUUAUUCUUUUUAAGGUGGAUAAAACUGAAAAACGGGCUUUUUUUUUUUUUUUUUCCCCCUCCCGCCGCUGUGGGGACAGGGGGUUUUGUUUUUAUCUGCAACCUCCCUGCUGGCUUUGGAGGUGCUGAAGGUGUCGUGUGUGUCUGCGUGUGAAUAUCUAUAUAUAUAUAUAAAUAGAAAUAUAUAUAUAUAUAAAUAUGAUGUAUAUUAUUACCUGUAUAAAGGAAUCUGUAUAUAUUGGGGCACUUGGAGGGGCAGAAUCAGCGGCUCAGCGGGCGCCAGCUGCGCCAAAAUGGGUUUUUUGUUGUUGUUGUUGUUGUUGCAAUAGCCAAUUUAUUUUAUUUUAUUUUUUUCGACUGUGAAUUUGAGGAUAUUUGGUACACAAAAAAAAAAAAAAAAAAAGAAAAAGAAAAAAAAAAAAUCCCCUGGUUUGGGGAGCUGAGUAUGAGGAAAGGAAAUUUGGGGAGCAUGGAAAUAAAUCCUAGAGGAAUCG